AUGAAUGCGGGAAAUGGUCUUUCACAAAGUGACUCUGCUCACGACAGCCCUCAUGGCAAUGGCAGCAAUAUCGAUGUUCUGGACGGUAGAAAUGGUUCCCUCCUAGGAAAUCCUCUCGUAUCAAAUGGUCUGAAUUUAAUCGACUUGGAACUUUUGCACAAUUUCGUCACCUCGACCGCCUUCACCAUACACACCGAUCCCACUAUGAAGAUUGCAUGGCAGAUUAACAUGCCCCAGGUGGGAUUUCAGUACGAUUUUGUAAUGCGUGGUAUACUCGCCCUGUCAGCACUACAUAUGGCUCACUACAAACCGGAAAAAAGAGACUUCUAUAUUCAACAGGCCAUGCUUCAGCACCAAAUAGGCUUACGUAUAGCAAGCGAGGUCUUGUCAAAUGUUUCGUCGGAGAAUUGCACAGGUGUCUAUGCAUUCUCGACCCUCGCUGUUUUAUAUACCAUGGCUAGCCCACGCAAGUCCUGGGAUCUUCUACUAGUCGGAGAGAACGCACUAGCACACUGGCUGUACCUGAUGAAGGGAACCAGCUUCACCAACACCUUCGAGGAGCAGCUCCGCCAGGGAGCCUUGGGCUCAAUGUUCAUAGCUGAAGGCCGUCAAUCCCAGAUGCGAGCCCAGUAUAUGGCGGAUAAAUCUGCACGCGAUGAUCCGCUUGGUGAGCUCAGCAACCUCAUCGCACAAAACAGUCUCGAUUUGGCAAACAAGUCGGACUACCUCGCGGCUAUAGAGACUCUCCGGCACUGCUUUGUCUUCUACGAGAGGGGAGGCCCACCGGGAUACGAGACCGGAGAUGUGUUUACCUGGAUUUUCGGCGUGACUGAGCAGUUCCUGCAGCUUUUGGGGCAGCAUACACAGGAGGCGCUCACGAUCUUUGCGCACUUCUGUGUGAUCCUGAAGAAGCUAGAUUCGCAUUGGUGGAUGCAAGGAUGGAGCACCCAUCUUGUGUCCCGAAUAUGGGAUUUGCUCGAUGGGGAGCAUCGCCUAUGGAUUCGAUGGCCAUUGGAAGAAACAGGUUGGAUUCCAACCUGA